AUGGAAGGAUGGAGGAGAGGGAGGAGUCAGUGGUGGGUGGUCAGAGGGGAGGCACAGACUACUGGAACUAAACUAAGUAACAGUGUUACUAUACUCUGCCCCCUACACACCCCCUCCACCUUCUCUGCCACGGUGAACAUGCCUGAGAAUGCAACGCGGAACGGUUACAUCAAGAGGCCCAUGAACGCCUUCAUGGUGUGGGCCAGGAUCCACCGGCCUGCCCUGUCCAGGAUCAACCCCACCGCCAACAAUGCCGACAUCAGCGUCCAGCUGGGGUAUGAGUGGAGCCGUCUGACUGAGGUGCAGAAGAUGCCUUACUAUGAAGAAUCCCGCAGGCUCAAAGACGUCCACAGGCAAAAGUAUCCAGGUUGGAUCUACCAGCCUAGAGCAGGGAGGAAAAGAGGGUAUGUUGUGACCUCUGAGACACCUGGGCCCUCCUCUUCCUCCUCCACCGUUUCCAGUGGUUCUGAUCCACAGGCCUACACACACACAAGCAUGGGCCAGACCAGAACCCCAGGCCCAGCCACCCUGAACUCCUUUAGUCCAUACAUGCUAGACUCAGCCACAGGUAGGAGAGUUGUCACACACACUCAAAAGCCCAGCAGCAUCAGGUCCAACGCAGGGGUUGUGUGUCUGUGUCCAGCAGGUUCAGGUGACCACCUAGUCCAAGUGUCUGACUCUACAGUCAGUCAGACCCACAGCUCCGCACCCCAAUAUUACCAGUCAUCCAGCCCCCAGCCUACCACUGUGACCCCUUCCCCCCAAAGCAGGCGUCCUAGGGCCAGCCUGGCCCCCAACCCCAACUCCUCCAGCCCUGAAGCCACCCGCAGGCCCUAUACCAGAAGGGCUAGCAAGCGCCCUUACUACAGGAUGGCUUCAGAGGUGCCGUCAUGCAACAUGGCCGCCUGCUCCAGGCCCCCACAGCUGCCUGGUCUGACACACCCACACCUGUACCCAUCCACCUCCGUGCCUCACUUCUUCUCUGGUCCUCGCUAUCCCUUCAACCCCUCCUUCUUCUUCCCGGGAAGUCCGUUCUAUCCCACAGGCUUCCCCAUGGGGUCCUACUCAUAUCCAGAGCGGCCCAACCCCAUGGCCGACGUCAUUGGCUUCUACGAGCAGCGCUUCCAGAGGCACGAGGCCCUCCUCUCUGCUUUGAACAGGGACUACCUGUACCAGGACCCAGCGGCCAGCGCAGAGAGUGAGGGCAGCGGCCACGCCCACCCCCCUCCUCCACCCCCAUCCUGCAGCGAGUACCUGAGCACGGCGCCGGGGCUGGACGUGGGCGCCCUGGAGACGGUGUUCACCACGCCGUCCCCGGAGAACCUCACUCGUGUUCAGAGGGUCUACACAGCCGUGGAGAACCAAGAGGAGGAAGUCCGCGUUCUGAGAAUCCUUUAGGAGCGCAGAGGCAUCCAGCGGAGUCUUUUCAAAGCCAUGUGCUUGUGUUAUUAAGUGCAUGAAUGUAUGUGUCUUUGGGAA